UAUAUAUAUAUACCAGGAGGGAAAGGGUGAAAAGACAGAGUGGCUUCAGUCGGACACACAGGCACAACUCUCAGAUCAGCCAUGGCCAAGCUACUGACGGUGGUGGGCCUGGUGGUCCUCGUGGUCUUAUCUGUCUCUCACGCCGAGGAAAAAUACACCAGUGCCCUAAGCUGCGAAGAAAGAGGGGGUGUGUGUACUGCUGCUAAAGGCAAUACUGUCAAUAUCUGCGACCAGGUGACAGACGCCGCCCCAUGUCCUGGCCAGAGGGUGUGCUGCAUGCUUAGUGGGGGACCGUUUAGAUCACGUCGCAAAAAUGUUAAGAACGCACCCGGCAAAAAUAAGGACGGAUCUUUGAAGAGGAAAUUGCAAAAGGUUGGCAAGAAUAAGGAUUCCAAUGUUAAAAAGAUCAAGAAAAGACGACAUAAACAAAAGAAACGUGAUGGGUCAGUGAAAGGUGGAAAGAAUAAGAGGAAGAAGAUCAACAAGAAGAAAACGAAGGCGGCAGUGAAGAAAAUCACGAAGAAGAAUCAGGACAAAGGAAGUGUGGAAGUGGUGAAGAAAGAUGAGCCAGGUGCAGAUGAGAAGUUUGCCUCAGUAUGCAAGGGCACCCGAAAAUGUAAAGGAACUUGUAUCCUUGAAAGUGAAAAGUGUAACGGUAAAGUAAGGAAUACCUGCGGGCCUUGGUGUAAAUGCUGUGAGCCUCGAGGAGGUGGAGGCGGUGGAGGCGGUGGCAGUGGGCAAUGUGGCGGCAAGUGUAAGGGUAAAUGUACCGCCAAGACGGCCUGCAAAAAGGGGAGGGAGUGGAAAGAGGGUCAAGGUUGCACGGGUGCCUGGUGCGGCUGCUGUAAGAAGAAGAAGAAGAAUUCCAAGAAGUGCAAAGUCUCGAAUCAGUGUUCUGAAAAGAAAGGCUCCUGUAAAAAGAAAUGUAGUAAGAAUGAGAAGCCCAUGAAGCAAAAGAAACUGUGCGCGAAAAAGUGUCGCUGCUGUGUUCCAAAGAAGAAUAAGAAGAAGAAGUGCAAGAAGACGGACGCAUGCAAGAAUGAAGGAGGGAAGUGCAAGAACCCCAAGAAAUGUAAAAGCAAUAUGGUGUCAAACUCAUGUGAUAAAGGCUGUGUGUGUUGUAUCAAGGAUGUAGUGUGUCCCCAGCCCAACAAAUGCAGAGAAUACAAUGGCAUCUGUAGUAAGACCUGUAGCAGCAAUGAGAGGGAACUGAAAGAUUUGUGCAACACAGACAGCUCAAGCAACACCUGCAAGUGCUGUGCUCCCAAGUGCUCGCAAGACUCAGCCUGCACCCAGUGGGGAGGAACUUGUGUGGAUGAUCCCGAACAAUGUUCAACAGAAUCUGGCACAUACACGAUCACUGGAGGCUGCAUGGGAUACAACUGUGUAUGCUGCAAACCAGUUUCAGGUGUAGUGUGUCCCCAGCCCAACAAAUGCAGAGAAUACAAUGGCAUCUGUAGUAAGACCUGUAGCAGCAAUGAGAGGGAACUGAAAGGUUUGUGCAACACAGACAGCUCAAGCAACACCUGCAAGUGCUGUGCUCCCAAGUGCUCACAAGACUCAGCCUGCACCCAGUGGGGAGGAACUUGUGUGGAUGAUCCCGAACAAUGUUCAACAGAAUCUGGCACAUACACGAUCACUGGAGGCUGCACGGGAUACAGCUGUGUAUGCUGCAAACCAGUUUCAGGUGUAGUGUGUCCCCAGCCCAACAAAUGCAGAGAAUACAAUGGCAUCUGUAGUAAGACCUGUAGCAGCAAUGAGAGGGAACUGAAAGAUUUGUGCAACACAGACAGCUCAAGCAACACCUGCAAGUGCUGUGCUCCCAAGUGCUCGCAAGACUCAGCCUGCACCCAGUGGGGAGGAACUUGUGUGGAUGAUCCCGAACAAUGUUCAACAGAAUCUGGCACAUACACGAUCACUGGAGGCUGCACGGGAUACAGCUGUGUAUGCUGCAAACCAGUUUCAGGUGUAGUGUGUCCCCAGCCCAACAAAUGCAGAGAAUACAGUGGCAUCUGUAGUAAGACCUGUCGCAGCAAUGAGAGGGAACUGAAAGAUUUGUGCAACACAGACAGCUCAAGCAACACCUGCAAGUGCUGUGCUCCCAAGUGCUCGCAAGACUCAGCCUGCACCCAGUGGGGAGGAAUUUGUGUGGAUGAUCCCAACCAAUGUGUAACGGAACAUGGCGCAAACACGAUCACUGGAGGCUGCACGGGAUACAGCUGUGUAUGCUGCAAACCAGUCACUGCCACGACUCCUAGUGGUUCUGGCAGUUCGGGUAGCAGUUCUGGUGGCAGUACUGGAAGUUCUGGUGGCAGUAGUGGUGGUUCUAGUGGCAGUACUGGAAGUUCUGGUGGCAGUAGUGGUGGUUCUAGCGGUAGUACUGGAGGUUCUAGUGGCAGUAGUGGUGGUUCUAGCGGUAGUACUGGAGGUUCUGGUGGCAGUAGUGGUGGUUCUAGUGGUAGUACUGGAAGUUCUGGUGGCAGUAGUGGUGGUUCUAGUGGUAGUACUGGAAGUUCUGGUGGCAGUAGUGGUGGUUCUGGCGGUAGUUCUGGAGGUUCUGGUGGCAGUAGUGGUGGUUCUAGCGGUAGUACUGGAGGUUCUAGUGGCAGUAGUGAUGGUUCUAGCGGUAGUACUGGAGGUUCUGGUGGCAGUAGUGGUGGUUCUAGCGGUAGUACUGGAAGUUCUGGUGGCAGUAGUGGUGGUUCUGACAGUAGUUCUGGAGGUUCUGGUGGCAGCAGUGGUGGUUCUAGUGGUAGUACUGGAAGUUCUGGUGGCAGUAGUGGUGGUUCUGGCGGUAGUUCUGGAGGUUCUGGUGGCAGUAGUGGUGGUUCUAGCGGCAGUACUGGAAGUUCUGGUGGCAGUAGUGGUGGUUCUAGCGGUAGUACUGGAAGUUCUGGUGGCAGUAGUGGUGGUUCUAGUGGUAGUACUGGAAGUUCUGGUGGCAGUAGUGGUGGUUCUAGCGGUAGUACUGGAAGUUCUGGUGGCAGUAGUGGUGGUUCUAGUGGUAGUACUGGAAGUUCUGGUGGCAGCAGUGGUGGUUCUGGCGGUAGUUCUGGAGGUUCUGGUGGCAGUAGUGAUGGUUCUAGCGGCAGUACUGGAAGUUCUGGUGGCAGUAGUGAUAGUUCUGGCGGUAGUUCUGGAGGUUCUGGCAGCAGUACUGGCAGUUCUGGCGGCAGUUCUGGAGGUUCUGGCAGCAGUACUGACAGUUCUGGCGGCAGUACUGGAAGUUCUGGUGGCAGUAGUGGCAGUUCUGGCGGUAGUUCUGAAGGUUCUGGUGGCAGUAGUGGUGGUUCUAGCGGUAGUUCUGGAGAUUCUGGUGGCAGUAGUGAUAGUUCUGGCGGUAGUUCUGGAGGUUCUGGCAGCAGUACUGGCAGUUCUGGCGGCAGUUCUGGAGGUUCUGGCAGCAGUACUGACAGUUCUGGCGGCAGUACUGGAAGUUCUGGUGGCAGUAGUGGCAGUUCUGGUGGUAGUUCUGCAGGUUCUAGUGGCAGCACCAGUUCGGAAGGGGAGGGAUGAAGGCAAAGCCUGUUAAUGCAUCUAAACACUUGUAGUUACUCACUCACAAACAGUCUGUGUGGGAUCAUGGACCCCAACCUUUGACAAUGCAAUGCAUUUUAUGAACUUCACUUUGUUGCCAAAUUGAGUUUUAUUUAUAUGAUGCUAAUCCCUUGGUUCUAUAUUCGAUCAUGCUGUCCGGUCAUGAAGGAAUUUUGUGGUGAGAUAAGUGUUGGAGCAUAUGAACUGUCUAUUGCCUGGUGAUUAAGUGAAACAGAGCAUGCUUAAUUCAACAUAAAUAUUCAUUAUUAUUUUUUUUUCAAGCUGCCUUAGUUUAUAAAGUAUGCAUAUAUUUACUUGUGCAAUUUUAUGGUUAAUUUUAAUGUAUUUAUCUCAAUAACACGUUAUGAGCAAGAA